CGAUUCCGGAUAUCCAAGUAAGAAAGAUAUAUAGUUCUGGAAUAACAGGAAACUUCAGUUUUCAACAUCCUGUUUUUCUGGGUUUUGUGACUUGCUGCUGCCUCGCCACAAUGAAGACAUUUGAUGCAAAUGAUUUGUAUCAGGGGCAGAAUUUUAACAAGGUCCUCAGUUCCUUAGUGACUCUAAACAAAGUAACAGCAGACAUCGGCCUGGGAAGUGACUCCGUGUGUGCCCGGCCCUCUUCUCAUCGGAUAAAGUCUUUUGACUCUCUGGGAGCUCAGCCUUCGCACAGUCGGACUUCAAAAUUGUUCCAGGGCCAGUAUCGAAGUUUGGACAUGACUGACAAUAGCAACAACCAACUGGUAGUGAGAGCCAAGUUCAGCUUCCAGCAGACCAAUGAAGACGAGCUCUCCUUUACGAAAGGAGAUGUCAUCCACGUCACGCGGGUGGAGGAAGGCGGCUGGUGGGAGGGCACGCACAACGGCAGGACUGGCUGGUUUCCCAGCAACUACGUGCGGGAGAUCAAGCCCAGCGAAAAGCCCGUGUCGCCCAAGUCAGGAACGCUGAAGAGCCCUCCCAAAGGAUUUGACACUACUGCCAUUAACAAAAGCUAUUACAAUGUGGUGCUACAGAAUAUUUUGGAAACAGAAAAUGAAUAUUCUAAAGAGCUUCAGACUGUGCUUUCAAGCUAUCUUCGGCCAUUGCAGACCAGUGAGAAGUUAAGUUCAACAAGCACUUCAUAUUUAAUGGGAAAUCUAGAAGAAAUAUGUUCUUUCCAGCAAAUGCUUGUACAGUCUCUAGAAGAAUGCACCAAGUUGCCAGAAGCUCAGCAGAGAGUUGGAGGAUGCUUUUUAAAUCUGAUGCCACAGAUGAAAACCUUGUACCUUGCCUAUUGUGCCAACCACCCAUCUGCAGUGAGUGUUCUCACGGAGCACAGCGAGCAGCUGGGAGAGUUCAUGGAGACCAGAGGCGCCAGCAGCCCGGGGAUCCUGGUGCUGACCACCGGCCUCAGCAGACCAUUCAUGCGCCUGGACAAGUACCCCACGCUGCUCAAGGAGCUGGAGAGACACAUGGAGGAUUAUCAUCCAGAUAGACAAGAUAUUCAGAAAUCCAUGACUGCCUUCAAAAAUCUCUCGGCCCAGUGUCAGGAAGUACGGAAAAGGAAGGAACUGGAAUUGCAGAUCCUGACGGAGGCCAUCCGGAGCUGGGAGGGAGAUGACAUUACGACCCUGGGCAACGUUGUGUACAUGUCCCAGGUCAUGGUUCAGUGCGCUGGAAGUGAGGAAAAGAAUGAGAGAUACCUUCUGCUCUUCCCAAAUAUUUUGCUAAUGUUGUCUGCCAGUCCUAGGAUGAGUGGUUUUAUCUAUCAGGGAAAGCUACCAACGACAGGAAUGACAAUCACAAAGCUUGAGGACAGUGAAAAUCAUAGAAAUGCAUUUGAAAUAUCAGGGAGCAUGAUUGAGCGGAUCUUAGUGUCCUGCAACAACCAGCAGGAUCUCCAUGAGUGGGUGGACCACCUGCAGAAGCAGACGAAGGUCACUUCUGUCGGCAACCCCACCAUCAAGCCACAUUCUGUGCCGUCUCACACGCUCCCCUCCCAUCCGAUCGCCCCAUCCAGCAAGCACGCGGACAGCAAGCCGGUGCCCCUGACGCCUGCCUACCACACGCUGCCCCACCCCUCCCACCAUGGCACUCCUCACACCACCAUCAAUUGGGGGCCCCUGGAGCCUCCGAAGACCCCCAAGCCGUGGAGCCUGAGCUGCCUGCGGCCCGCACCUCCCCUGCGGCCCUCGGCUGCUCUCUGCUACAAGGAGGAUCUUAGUAAGAGUCCCAAGACCAUGAAAAAGUUGCUACCUAAGCGCAAGCCUGAGCGGAAGCCUUCAGACGAAGAGUUUGCCCUGCGGAAAAGCACAGCUGCUUUGGAAGAAGACGCGCAGAUUCUGAAAGUCAUUGAAGCUUACUGCACAAGCGCCAAAACGCGGCAAACACUCAACUCAACAUGGCAAGGCACUGACCUGAUGCAUAAUCACGUCUUGGCUGACGACGACCAAUCAAGUCUAGACUCCUUGGGUCGUCGCAGUAGCCUUUCCCGUCUGGAGCCUUCAGACCUCUCGGAAGACUCUGACUAUGACAGUAUAUGGACAGCCCAUAGUUACAGAAUGGGUUCUGCAACUCGUAAGAGCUGUUGCUCAUAUAUCUCUCACCAGAACUAAUGCACUUCUGAGCUUUUCUUAACAAUGCUUGUUGUAUCGCAGCCUGCUUUUCUUAGAUGUUUUCUUGCUGUUCCUUGUCUUUUAUGUGAUAUUUUAACAACUUUUGAGAGCGUUGCCGAUAUUUCCCAUUGUACUGUGUGGAGGCCCACGUGCCAGUUCGACCGUCCGUUCGAGCUGCCGCGGUGGAAGGAGAUGGUGUGCUCACGGGGCCGCGCCCGAGGGUCCUUUCCUCCAUGGGUGGCGGUGGCUCUCCAGCUCUGAAUGGUCUGGGUUCCUGUUCUCAGUGUAGCACCUGUCUCAGUUCUUUCUGGAUACAGCUGAGUGAACACUUUUCUAUUUUACAUGAGACCAUACAGGUUUGUGACCUAAGUGCCAGCAGCACAGGGGAGACUCCGGCCUUGCACGGGGACCUCCGUGUCUCAUGUGUGACGGACCCACUGACGCACUAGUUGUGGAGAGGCGAAGGAAGCGUGCGCGAAGAGGGUGCAGUCCAGUUCAGACAGCUGUGUUCUGAGGACUCCCCAGGGUGCUCCGUGGCCACGCAAAGCUGGCUGUGGGUGUGGCUAGCGUGGGCUCCGGGCCAUGGCGGGAGCACGGAAGAGCCGGCUCUGGCUCGUCAGGGUGCCACAGACGGCUGUCCCACGUUCCCGUUUGCCUGGGGGGUGGGAGUUCUCCGAGGGCCAGGUUACUGUCAGAGCUCAGACCCUCCCCUUUAUCCUCACACCCCACUCUCCUUAUUUGGAGCAAUGGCUCCUAACUGGCACUUAGCACGCCUGUGCCGCUCCACCGAAGAUUCAGUCCCGAGUCGGAAGCACUCGGCCUCUGAAGGUGGACAUGAGACUCCGUUCAGAGCCAGGUGAGUGCUUGGCUUCCGUCCCAGCCUGGCUGCACCCCGACAUCCCUGUCACGCUGCCCGUAAUAGACACAUCGUUUGUUUUCAGCAGGUAGCUGCCGUGAAACUCCCGUUUACAGCAACCCAUCCCCUGUGACCCUCAUUCCUGAGUGUCACGGGGACAUCAGAGUCCCCUGAAGACUUCAGUUUCCAUGUCACUCACGUAUGAGAACAUCUCAGAUUUGGAGGGGAUUCCCCUACUUGCCUGGGAUUUGUUGUAAGGAGAUUUCACUGGCCUCUCUCAGAUGAAGUUCUGCUUCAGAAAGAACUGAAUGUGACCUGUUACAUUCAGUCGUAGCACCCAGAUCCACAUCUGGUUGUUGUUCCUCCAUCCGUGCUGUACGUGGUGUUAAAACGGAACCUCAAGGUUGUGUUUUAAGUAUUCAUUGAAACUAGCUUCAGAAAACAAGAUGCCAUAAUCAGUUGGGAAUAACCUGUUUUCCUCUCCUCAGGGUGGCUCUAGUUCCAGGUGGCUGAGCUCUCUUCCCCCCCCCCCGCCCUCAGCAAAGCCCCGUACUCAGUGCGCGAUCUUGUUUGCGCAGAGACAGCCGUGCUGCAGCACGCCAGGUCGGCUGGGUGCCGGUGAACCCAGCAGCGGCGUGUGGCUUAGACUGUCAGACGGCUUCAGCACUGCAUGCGGUCAGGUCACAAGGAAAACCGAGGAUUCCAAAUAGGCCUCUGUUCCCAGACAGCUGUUGAGCUGCUCAUGCCAUCUGGAGAUUUCGUAUUUUUAUAUCAAUUAGUAUAAAUACGGAAGUUGAGCAUUCUUAAAAUUAGAGCCCAGUAUUAACCCACGGUAGAGGUGGGGCUUAUAUGUGUUGAGCCAAGUAGUAAAUGGAAUUCUGGGAGGAGCAGGACUAUGAAGUUCCUGCAGUGAACGUUAGCAGCAGCUGUUUGAUUUUGUACACGUACAGCAGUCACCCUUUCUGACACUAGUGGUAGAAUGUCUUUUUGUUUCCUUGAGGCUGUCGUCGGUGCGUUGGCGUAGCCGCCUUUGCCGAGUCUCAGCACGGGGGGCCCGUGUCGCACGCUGCUUAUGCCACAGCACGGCGAUACUCCUGUCACCAAGGGUCGCUUGGCUCAUCUUCCAGAGACCUCUUGUGUUCUGCCCGCUGAGGUCUGACGCUGUCCCCUCAGUCCUUUGGUACCAGUUCAAGCCACGUGUGCGGUGACUUUGCCGAUGCUGGGAUCACUGCAUCACAGCACUGUGGCUUCUGGUUGCUUGGGCUUGUUUUGAAUGUCUGGCACCAUUCGCUCUUGUGACCUGGUUGGAAGUGCUAGUGCCACAGGCCUGAAAGUGGUCCCGGGGGAGGGGGCAGUGGCGACGUGGUGCCGGAGGGCUGGGACACUCCAUCCGUGGAGCUCCGGUCACGCUGAACUGCGGUCUGGUUGGUGCAGCUCUGUCCUGGCCGCGUGUGCAGUUAGUGCCGUAGUGUGCGGGUGCAGACCCUGAACCUAAGGUAGGUGGAAGCCAUUCUCGGGCCUUCCAUGGGGGCCUACAUGGUGUUGACCUUGAAUUUACCCUUGCCACAGUAUAUAAGCUAUAUUAAUUAUGUGUUUUGCAUAAAAUUGCCAAAACACAGUAAUGUGUAUAUAGUGGUAUAAGACCUUGAAAAAAAAUCUCUAUAUUGUGCUUUUUCUCUGUGAAUGGGAAAGCCAUUUUUAGUGGGUGACUGCCCUUUGAAGCCCCAGUCGGAUGUAUACCUAAAUGUUGCAUUGUACUGUACAGUAUGCAUAUUGUUUGUGGUGCAUAUGGCAAUGAAGUGUUUGUUUUAUAAAAAAAAAAAAAAAGAUAUCUGUUAUGUACAGUUGAAAUAAAUUUUGCAUUUGCUA